AUGUCUUGGCAAGUGUUGAAAAAUGCAAUCAGUCGCGCUGGUGCUCUGGUGCUAAAGCCUGGACCAGCUGAAGACACCACAGAUCUCGAAUUUGAGUAUGAGGAAAAGCGAUACAGAGCCAUGGAAACCGUCACUACACGGCUUGAGAAAGAACUCAGGCACUACAUUGAUUCAUUGAGAACUCUCACAAAUGCGCAGGAGUCAAUGACCCUGGUUCUUUCUGGAUUCUAUGGCGAGGAUGAAAACACCAUCGCCCACAUGUACUAUACUGCCAUGAAGGAAUUGUCUCAAACCUGCCUUGAGGAGCUUGAGGAGCCGUUUUUGAAAACGGUGCUAAAUCCAGUGGAGAGGUUCAACUCCUAUUACAUCAAUGUCAAUGAGGCCAUCAAAAAACGGGCGAAGAAGAAGAAUGCGUACGACUCUCUACGGACCAAACUAAAAAAGCUUGACGCAAGCCCCAGUGAUGACCCGUCAUACGAGCUUAAGCUAUCUGACUUGAGUAAAGAGCUCGAACAAGCACAUUCAAAGUAUGCAUAUUUCAAUGAUCAGCUCAAGGCAGAGCUUCCUACUCUCGUAGACAUGAGAAUUCCAUAUUUAAACCCACUGUUCGAGUCAUUUGUGAAAAUCCAGCUACGGUUUUUCAAUGAAAACUUUGAAAGGAUCAACGAGGUUGAGCUGGUGAUGGAUGCGCAGACUCGACUGGAUUAUGUCAAUGGAGCUCUUGAGGCAAAAAUGGACAACAUCCUUGACAAGAUCAAAGAGUUGAACAUAGCGAUAUAG